AUGGAGGAACUGUCCCACAGCCAGCACCAGCUGUCGGACACGCAGGCAACGACUGAACUACUGGACGGGACCGACACGGAGAGAGAGCUCUCCUCCCCAUCCGCAUUCGCAACGGCAGAGAUCCCUCCCGAUGUGCUGGACACUGCGGAUCAGAGAAGAACCAGCGCGCAGGACUUCGGCUACAGUUCGUCGUCUUCCUCCAACAUCUUCGACGAUGUCCUAGAUGCCGAUGGAUUGGACCACCUCCGUUCGACAACGUCGAGCCGGUCGUCCAUCUCCUCCAUCCCCGGGAAAGAAACGACAAUCCCAAAAACUGGGGGAUCGAUGAGACAUGCGACUAAGAUAAGGGGCGGCCCUUUCCGUAAGCCUAGCUCGGUGAGAGCGAUGCAGAUGCAUACAGAGGAUGAAGACGAGGACUUUGUCUCUCCGUCCAGACUGCGAGGCGGCGGCGGCGGGGGGCGGCCGGGCUACUACUACUCUGCCAAUAAUAAUGGCACCCCGAAGAAACAGGCCGUGAAGAAGGAAUAUCCGCUUGUCCUGCUGCAUUGCAACCUGCUGCCGCCGACACUCUCCCUCCCGCCGGGAAUCGGCAUUCCCAGUCGAAAGAUCCUCGAAGAAGUCCUGCCUCCGCGGUACUUGAAACGGUGGAGGCUGCUAGAGGAAAAGCUCGGGUCGGGGGUCCUCCGGGACCGUGGUGUCUUGAUUUCGCACCCGCAGGAGAUGUACGAUCUCCUGGAGGAACGGCUCCUCGAGAGCCUUGAGCUCCAGCGGCCGCGGCUACAGAAUGGCCAUUUCUUAGGGCGUGAUGAGCCGGACUCCGGGAAAGAGGACGGCGACGAUGGCUACGAUAAUGGUUCGGAUGACGAGGAGGGAGAGGAGUGUCCCGACUGCGGAUGCAGAGUGAUCAGAAAUGAGGACACCAGCAGAAAAUGGGAGAUCAAGGUGUAUGCCGCCAAUGGGUUGAUGAAGGCAGGUGCCUGGGCCGCCGCUUGGAGGGAGAUGGAAAAGGUGGACGUGGAAGUCGGACUGUGGCUGCCGUCCAGCGUGCGAAGCGAGCUGGAAAAGAGGAUUCUCGAGGAGGAAGCCAUCACUCUGGAUGGAGAUCUCAAGGCAGCGAAGGCUGGAAAGGGAAGCCUUGAUGAGGACCGACCACAGCCCUCUCAAGAGCAAAUCGACGGCCUUGACGACGCGCUCCCGUCUGAGCAGCGGAAUUUCGCUGCAUCGAAUGCGGAAGCACGGCCAGAAUUCGGCUCGUCGGGGUCGUUUGCAUAUGAGCGGAAAACGGCCAAUGAUAUCGAGCUGCAGACCCUGCUCAUCAACUACAUUCGCGUCUUGGCAAGCGACAAGCGCAACGUUGCGAUUGCGUUGCUAAGCGUUCUUGUCCUGUUCCUUGCCAUGGCAGGCGGAGCGCGGCCGUCGCCGUCGUUGACGUCCCUGCCGCCUGAGAUUGCGGAGGUCAUCGAGACUCCUGCAGCAGUGACGGCGACGCAGUAUUGCUCCGCAAGCACCAGCAGCUCGUACAGUCUGGGGCAGGCAGCCACUGCGACUCCAGUGGUCCAUGUCCCAGAGGCUAGAGCUGAGCCAGCCAUUGUGGACGUCCGUGCGAAGGACGCUGACAGGAAGCAGACGCCUCUCGCACGCGUCAGUUCGGUUGCCGUCGAACCGGGACCAGAGGAGCAGGUUGUUCCUGAUGCCACUGUCGAAGCUAGUUGA